AUGGAUACUAGAAACACUAUUCGAGUCAACUUUGUGAGGGUACCUUCUGAGCUAAAAGAAUUGGUAUUAAAGGUUCCUGGAGGUUCUCGCUUCAGCGAAAGACAUGGUCACCUACUCAACUUGGUUACCUCAGUUUUUGAAGAAGAAAUGAUGAGUGUGUUGUUUCAAUUCUUUGACCCCGAGCAUCAUUGCUUCACAUUUCCCGAUUAUCAAUUAGUGCCUACCAUGGAGGAGUUUUCUGAGAUGCUUCACAUCCCCAUUAUAGAUCAGCUACCGUUCACUGGUUUGGAAAAUAUUCCGAACCCUGGAGUCAUGGUUGCUACUUUACAUGAUCUGAAGAAGUCUGAAAUUGAGAACAAUUGGGAAACAAGGAGUGGAGUCAAGGGUUUCCUUGCUAGGUUCCUACUUGAGAAGGCUCGAUCGUUCUUGGAUUCCAUGAGUUACCAUGCUUUCGAAGACAUAAUGGCUUUGCUCAUCUAUGGUUUGGUGUUGUUUCCAAAUCCUAACCAAUUCAUAGACGUACACGCCAUCAAGAUAUUUUUGACUCGAAAUGCAGUACCUACUCUGCUCGGAGAUAUUCUACACUCACUUCACACUAGUACUAUGAAGAAGCGAGGAACUCUCAUGUGUUGUAUGCCUUUGCUGUCUAGGUGGUUUAUUUCGCACCUUCCUCGAUCAGUGAUGAGGAAUGACCAAGGCUUGAAGUGGCCUCGGAGAAUAAUGUCGCUUUAUCAUUCUGAUAUUCGUUGGUGUUCUCUAUCCAAGGAAAUGUUAUUAUCACCGUCCGUUGUGGACAGUGCCCUAAUGUGCCACUUCUAA